AUGAGCAUUGAGGAGCAAUUACUAAUGUUCUUGCACACCAUAGGACACAACCAGCGCAAUCGUGUUAUUACACAUAAUUUUUUGAGGUCCGGUGAAACUAUUAGUAGAUAUUUCAAUCACAUGUUGUUCACAAUUGGUGAAAUGCAGCAUGAAUAUGUGCGGCCACCAAGUUCUCAAACCCCACCUUAUAUAGCAACAAGGAGAACAUUGUAUCCUUAUUUCAAGGAUUGUGUUGGGGCCUUAGAUGGAACACAUAUUCAUGCUUUCCGUCCCCAGAGAUCCGAAGUUGCACCUUUCGAGGAAGAAAAACCUUACCCAACUCAAAACGUCCUUGUAGUUGUGGAUUUUGACAUUCGUUUUACUUUUAUUCUCACUGGUUGGGAAGGAUUCGUGCAUGACUCUUUAGUUCUUAGUGAUGCACUAGAACGACCCAAUGGGCUAAAAGUUCCUGAAGGAAAAUAUUACUUGGUUGAUGUUGGUUACGCCACAGGACCCAGUUUUAUACCCCCUUACAGGGGUGUAAGAUUUCACUUGAAGGAGUUCGGCUCCCGAACACCUGCAAACGCCAAGGAAUUGUUUAAUCUAAGACAUUCAUCUGGGCGUACCUCCAUCGAGAGUGCAUUUGGUUCUUUAAAGAACUGCUUCAAGAUCCUCACUUCUAGGCCUUUUUUCCCAUUCAAGACAAAGGUGGAUCUCAGAUGGCAUGUUCCACUUUUUGAUGUAUCUUUUUAUCUUCUAUUAUCAAAUUAUGGAUGCUUGAAUAUCUUGGCUAUGGAGGGAUAUAAUUCAUCGCAAGGCAGCCCGACAUCAUCAAUUAUGAAUACUACUGCAAGAACUACAGGAAAUAUGAGAUGGACAUCCUUGAAAAGUCGUUACUUUAUAAGAUUUAUGGCAAGCCAAGUUGAACAAGGGUUUAAGAUGGACAAAGGCUUCAAACCACAAACAAUACAAGCUGCUAUUCGAUCCUUGAAAGAUACAUUUCUAGUGACACUGACAGAGGCCAAUGACGAUGAACCCUAUUUAAACAAGCCUAUUAAGGAUUAUGACCUUCUCGAGACUAUUUGUGGUAAUGAUCAAGCUACUGGACAUCGUGUUGUCACCUCAAGAACUCGUAUUGGCACACAAAUGGAUUACAACUCUGAGGCAGAUGUAUUCCCAUCAACCCAAAAUUAUGAUGAUGUGUCUUUCAUGGAAACAGAUGGGAUUGGUAAUGCCUCACCGUUUACUCAACACUACAAUUCUGAACCGGCGUCAACAACAAGCCCAAUACAAAGAAGUAAAGAGAAAGGCAAACACAAAGCAACCGUUAGUGAUGCUGCAAUAGAUCGUUUGGCCACAAGUAUUGAAAAAGCUUUUGAUAAAGUUCAAUCUAGCCGUUCAAUGAGCUAUGCAAAAGAUGUUGAAGAUGAAUGUAUGAAGCUAACACAACAUGGGUAUUCCAUAGAUCAAAUUCUUAUGGUAUAUGAGCACUUGAUGAGUGAUGAUGCACGAGCUCGCAUGUUCUUUGGAAUGCGUCAAGAACUUCGCAUGGCUUGGGAUGUGGUGGAUGGCCAACUGUUUGUGAGGUUAUAUUUAGAGUUUAAUAUGUUUUCUUUGGAGUUGUAUUUGGAAUCCAAGAUCAUCACUCCUUGGUUUGUCAAUAAUGUUUCCAGCUGCUGCUUGUAUGCUUCCAUUGCAUGCAAAGAGGAUGUUCAUGCUGGAAGGCUUCAAUCUUGGAUCUUUCAUCCUGAAGGCGAGCAAGGAAGUCUUAGAGCUGGUCAAGUUGAUGAUGAUGAUGAUGAUGAUGAUGAUGAGUAG